ACACCCUGAAAGGCUCGGAGUUUAUUUUGAUGGGUUCGGCUCCGUUCUGUUGAAAACUGGACGUGACGCCUGGUUCCCAGGUAGUGAGAGGUGGAACUAUGGCUGCUGGGACUGCAGUCGGCGAAAGCCAACUCCGGAGGAUCAUCUGUGACUUGCACGAGACUGUUUUAGAGCUUGCAAAGGAGUACAAGAACAAUGGGGAGCCAGUCACAGAUGACAGUACCAAUCUGCACAAGUUCUCCUACAAACUGGAGUAUCUGUUACAGUUUGACCAGAAGGAGAAGACAACAUUUCUGGGUACCAAGAAGGGCUACUGGGAUUAUUUCAGUGACUGUUUGGCCAAGAUGAAAGGAGCCAAUGAUGGCAUUCGUUUUGUCAAAUGCAUCACUGAGCUGAAAACGUCCCUGGGAAAAGGACGCGCAUUUAUCCGCUACUCCUUGGUUCACCAACGGUUGGCUGACACACUGCAGCAGUGCCUGAUGAACCAGAAAGUCACUAGUGACUGGUACUAUGCGAGAAGUCCCUUCUUGCAGCCCCAACUCAGUGCUGACAUAAUCAAUCACCUGUAUGAGCUCAACGAUGUCCAGUUUGACGUGGCGUCUAGAGGCCAUGACCUUGAUGCCUCUUGGCCAACGUUUGCAAGGAGGACAUUAGGGAGUGGCCACUCUCUUGGCCACAUGUGGAUACCACCCAGUCGUAGUUCCAGUAUUAGUAGUCUGGCCAGCACCUACUCUCAGCAAACCCAUGAGUUCAGCCCUGACAAUGGACACAGUCUUUUGAAUGAUCUGAAUGAGUCGCUGCCAGCCUGCAUGGAAGAUGUCAGCACAGCCGAAGCUGUUCGCCUUGAGCUCGACCAGUCGGAGCUUAAGCAGCGACAGCUUCUCGAUAAAAUGCAGCAGAUGGGCGAAGAGGCUGCUGAGCUCCGGGGAGUUAUUGUGGACCUUCAGAGGCAGCUUGACGUGUCGCUCGCUGCCCAAGAGAAGACAGAGGGCUUGCAGGAAGAACUCAAGACUCUUGAGGAUUUGUCCAGAGAGGUGGAAGUACUUAGGACUGGUGAAAAAGCCAGGGAUGCUCAGAACACCUUACUUCAGGAAAAGCUGUCAGCUGCUGAGGCGAAGAACAUAGAGCUUAUGGCCAAACUUAAUGGGAUUUUAGAUGAGAAGGGCAAGCGGGCUGCCAGUAACUUUGAUUCAGCACAGAAGAUUCACGAGUUGUUGUAUGAAUUGAAAGAGGCUGAGAAGAGAAAGACUGAGGCUAUGGCUGAGACAGAGGACAAGAGAAAGCAGGUAGAAAGGUUGGAAGAGGAGUUAAGGAUCAGAGAGGAAGCAGCCAAGGACAGUGAAACCAAACAUGUAGAGUUGGUUACAAAUGUGUCCAAGGAGAAGGCCAUGCUGGAGGCAAAGGUGGAGCAACAGUACAGCACCAUUGAACAGUUGCAGGGUAGCCUCACAUUGAGAGAGAAAGAGGCAAGCAACUUGCAGAGUCAGCUGCAAGACCUCCAGAGAUUUGGAGGGGAGAAAGAUAGAGAGUUGGAGGCGAUGAAGGAGAAGGAGCAGGAUGUCAUAAACAAGACAAAGAGGAAUGUUGACAGUUUGAAAAAGUCACAAGAGGCAGAGGUUGCUGCCCUCCUAGAUAAGCUUAAAAAGAAAGAGGCAGAGCUGAGCUUGAGCCACGACACACAGCAACAGCUGGAAUCCAAGAACCACAGCUUGAGCGCAGAGAUAAACAGACUGACCAAUAGCCUCGCUGACCGUGAAGGUAAGAUCAAUGAACAGGCCAUACAAAUAGAAGAUUACAAGACACAGUGCACAUUCCUGAUGGAAUCAAAAGACAAACUGAUGACCACAAUGAGGAGAAAUGAAGAGCUGCAGAGUGAGAUGAUCAAAAACAGAACGGAACAGGAAGCUGAAUUAGCUGCUCUAAGGGCUUCGGAGAAACAACUUAAAGACCAGCUGGACGAUUCUAAGGUGACAGUGGAUGAAAAAGAGAAGUAUCUGCGUGAAGAGAACUGUAAGAUGGACGAGAGUUUGCAGCGAGCAACAAUGGCUGCGGAGCGGUCAGAGAUGAUGAGAAAGCAGCUGGAGGAGGAAAAUCAGGAUCUUCGCAGUCAAGUGGAGGAGUUUGAGAAAGCGUUUGGAGCCGCCCGCAAAAACGAAGCCAGUCUCAAAGAACAGCUCCGAGUUACUGUGGCCCAUUUCGAUAGUAAAGAGAAAGAAAAUGUUCAAUUGCUGGCCACAUUAAAAAUUAUCAAAGAAAAAGAAAAGGAGCUUGAGAUUGCCAAAGCCAAUGCAGAGGCAACUUGUGCAAGACAAACAGAGGUUAUUGAAAGGGUAACGGGUGAGAAACAAGCAAUGGAGGUAUCACAGCUGGAACGGAGUGCAGUCCAAGCCAAGGAAAACCAAGAAGUUAACACCAAAUUAAGGGUGGUUGAAAGUCAGCUGGAGGUAAGCAUGAAAGACGUGUCCAGACUCCAGACGGAGGUCCUUGACCUGAAGGUUCAAGUGCAAAGAUCUGAAGAGGAUAAACUAAAACUGCAAGCACAGCUCGAAGUGACAGAAGCCCAAAGAGAUGAGCUCAGGUCUCUUACUGAGCAACUCAAGAUCCAGGCAGAGGACCAGAAUCAAAAACACAUAAUGGUGCUCAUGGAGUGCAAAAAGAAAGAGGAGAUGCUUACUCAGCAACGGGACCGAGAAGAGCAAGCACAUGCUGAGUUGGCCACAUCUUCAGCUGUCAUCCGAGAGGAGCUGUCUGUGGUAAAGGCAGAAAAUACAAGGCUGGCUUUAGAGCACAGCGAGACCCGCGAGGCCCUCCACAGAGCAAACACUGAAAUGGCAGAGCUGGGGAUAACUAUAUGCAAGCUAAAUUCGGAGCAGCAGGAGGCCAGAGAGCACUGGGCUGAAUAUACCGAGAAGAUCGAAGAGUUGGACAAAGAGGUUGAACGACUGGGGAGGCUCAGAGAGGAACUGCUUCAUGAAAAUGGCCGUCUACAGGAGGAGCUCACACAGAGGGAGACGCUUCCAGGGAUUAUCACGGAGCUCCAGAACCAGCUGGAAAAGACAAAGAACCAAAUGCAAAGUGUCAGCGACGGCUGUCAAGAGGAGAUGGAGGCUGUCAAGUUCCAAAUGAGCUCAGAGACCAUGAAUUACCAGAUAACCAUUAAGUCAAUAAAUGAGCAGUUGGACAAAAUUAAAGCCCAGCUGAAGGAUGAGCAAAGCACGGUGUCGAACUUGCAGGCCAAAGUGUCUGAAUUAGAGGCUGAGAAUGAGACAUAUUUUCAGCUUAUUGGUGAGAAAGACGCCCACAUCACAAAGACUGAGGAACAAAUUUCUGAAAAUGACUGUGAGAUUCAGCAACUCAAAAAUGCAGCUGCUAGUGCUGAAGAGGCUCACUUGGCAUUGCAAAAGGCGUGUGAAGAACUGAGGCUGAAACUGAAGGCAACCGAAGCUGACAGGGAAAGCCAGUGUUUGAAGAUGACUGCAGAAAUUGAUGACCUGAACAGAACCAAGACUAACCUUGAAGAACGGCUCAUUGAGCUCCUAAAGGAUAAAGAUGCUUUGUGGCAGAAGUCAGAUGCUUUGGAGUUUGAGCAGAAACUUCGAGCAGAGGAGCGCUGGUGGUUGGUAGAUAAGGAGGCCACGCACUGUCUCAGCUGCCAGGGCCAGUUCACCUGGUGGCUGCGUAGACAUCACUGCAGACUUUGUGGCCGCAUCUUCUGCUACUACUGCAGCAACAACUUUGUUACGACCAAGCACAAUGGGGUGAAGGAACGGUGUUGCCAGAACUGCUACACCCAGCACAGCACAGGGGCAGAAAAGUUCACAGAGGAAGCACUGAGUCCUUCACAUCCUUCACUUCCUCUGCCCCCUGGAGUUGGUUUGCAACCUGAAGCAGCUCCACAAGAACCCACUCCCAGAGUAACAGUUUCAGAUCCAAGUCACACUUCUGACGAAGGAGCUUUUGACAUAAUUACAGAAGAGGAGGUGAAUGGAGUGUAUGACAGUGAUACCAUUGACACCAUUUCUCAGACCUCAGCUGGCUCCCUGGAGGGAGAACAAGACUGCCAACAUUCAGGAGCUCUGGAAAAAGAUGCAGCGGAUAUUACCCCUGAGGAAGAGCAUGGUCCCACUCUUCAGGAUUCAGAGAUUAUACUUCUUAAAUCAGGAGAAGUCACGAUGGCUGUCCCUCUCACCACUGAGGAUCUUUCUCAGUUCGGUGAUGGUUCCCUGGAGCUCUUCAUCAAGUCAAGCUGUUACAGUGUGGUCACUGUAGCCGUGGGCGACUUUGGGACGACACUCAAGUGGACGUUUUCCUCCGAGCCCAAGAGUAUCUACUUCAGUGUGGUUUUUCUGGAAUCCAGCGACGCACAGGUGGAGCAGUCAAAGGUCCUGAUUCCUCUGACUCGCUGCAGUUCCCAUAAAGAGAGAAUUCAGGGGCAGCUGAAAGUCAGACACCCCGGCUUAUACACACUAAUCUUUGACAACUCUUUCUCACGGUUCAUCUCCAAAAAAGUUUUUUACCAUCUGACAGUGGAAAAGCCUGUAAUUUAUGAUGGAAGCGACUGUCCCUGAAGUUGUACCCCACAGACUUCCUUUAGAGGUGUUUUUGCAGUAAUGGCCAUUCAGUGAUAUUUCCUAUUCUUUUUUUAUACUCCGUCAAAGGCAUUGAGGAAACUCUUGUCCCACCUAUGAACCCCAAUGUAGAGAACUAUUGUAUUUAGACCCAUUUUCAGCCUCACUGCCAAAACUGUACUAAAUCUGUUUUUUUGUACAUUGAAAAAUCAGUCAAUGUUUUCAUGGACUUUGAAUGGUCGUUUUUAGAGCGGGGCAUGUCAACGCAUUAUUAUUGCGUUAACACACCCAUCGCUUCAUGCCAGCAUUCUUUUUUUAGCUCGCGUUAACGCGAUACAGCCACCCACUUUCAAACCUGGAUCACAGGAAGAAUUGGAUGAUGAUCACUAUUGGUUCUCAAUGAACAUCAUCACACGUCUCAGCCAGUCACGGCCUUUAUAUUAACUCAACUUCAACUUCAACAAAAAACAACUAAGGAGGACAGAAUGGAGAAAAGUACCAAACAGGGCUGGAUAAAAAAAAAAAAUUGUGACAAUUGCAAUUUUCUUAUCAUCACAAUACUUCCUGUCUGGAAUAUAAUUUAAAUUCAAAACGUGCUUGAAUGUUACUUCAGGAUUCUGUGCAAAAGACAAUUCAUAAUUUUUAGUAAAAUGCCAGACUGAUUUAAGAUCACUAAGAAUUUUCCUGUUAUUGAGAAGGUUGUGGCCCCUAUUAUCGAGGUUUAUUUAAUUUAAGUGUGAACACCACGGUUGUGUACUUCAGGUUUGUUUUAUAUGGUGUGCACAUAUUAUAGGUGCAGUGUUGUAAAAAAUAUAUAUAUUUCUAUGCAAGUUUGCAUGUUUUAUUUGAGAUGCAUUCACCAAGUAAAGACAUUUACAUUUAGUAUAACUAGGCUAUUCAUUUAGAGAAAUGUCACUAUUUUACUUUUUUUGUUUUCUUUUGUCUGUGUUUUCAUUAGUCCAACUGUAGUUUUGGUUUGGCAUUUCCCAGAAAUGUAGAAACAUUUGUGCUUGCUACAAAUUCGCUACAAAUUCAGUACAGGCUUUAAAAAAAAAAAAGGUUUUUGAUGCUUACAGAACUGAAUAUUUAUCAGCAAAAGUUCAAAGGUCCAUAAGGAUUUUCAUAUUUUAAAUUCUAUGAUACAUUUUUAAUAACUGUGCAAUAUUUUGAUUCACAUUACCCAAGAGAAACUCUUUUGAAAUAAUGGGUGGUGGUUGUUCUGACUAGUCCUAACAUAUUUAAAGGCUGCAAUUGCAACAAAAACAAAUAAGUGUCCAGAAAGUGGCAUAAGUGGCAUCAUGUCAAUACACAAAGCUUUAUGCAAAUCUAGAUUGAUAUAAACAUUUGUCUUGUUGUGGUAGCAUUUUAGUGGGAAAAUGAAGAAAUUAACUUGACAUCUUACUUAAUGUUCUCAGACUUAUUCUCCUUGCCAGCACAUCAACUUUCUCCAGUAUCUUUUUCCAUCCAUUAAUAGAAUGUUAUCGAUACUCAAAGAAGCUGACUUUGUCUGUAAUUAUGUCAGCAGAGGACCGACCGUAUUUUUUAGUGCCUUUUCAAUUAUGAUAGGGAUUUUUUGUUUUAGUAUUUGUGUGCUUUUCUCUGCACAAAACAUGGCAUGAAAUGGCAAUACAAAACAAUAAUAAUAACAUCAAAACUACAUUAUGCACAAUUCUUACUGCCUACGUCGUAUUAUGGGGGAAUUUGGCCUCCCUUCUUUGGUAGUGGUUUGUGUGCUUAUGAAAGUGUCAGCACUACAACUCCCAGGUUGCCCUGCAGCAGGAGGUGUGUCAGUCCAUCCAUUAAUCGGGAGGCGCCACCUGAGGCUAUAAAGAGCCAGCACACGAAAUCCCUGGGAGCAGGCUGUACCCAGCCUUGAACAUUUGCACACUCCCUCUGAUCUAUUGUUAGCGGUUGAGUGCUGUUAGUCUUGUAUUCUGUUCUUGUUCUCAACUAGCACUCAUUUAGUCUAUAAUUCAAUUUUUGUGUUCAUUGUUGAAUCUUCACUUUUGUUAAUAAAUACCUUUGAUUUACCUUUAAGCAACGGGUAUCUAUGUUACUUCCCUUUUACACUACAAGAGCUGCUAGUUACAACAAUAUAUUAGAAAUUUUUUAAAUUUGUCUCAUGAAAUUCUGGAAUUUUAUUUUUCUUGUAGUUUUACAUACGACUUGGCGUUUUGUGUGCUCUCAGAUCAGUUGGGUUGAAUGUUAUUCUUUUUUCAAAGGAAAGCAGUAAGAAACGCAUUUUUCAUUACACAAAUGCAUUAUUUUUGUAGGUCUGACUAUGACAUGACUUAUAGUUUUGAAAAGUUGGUUGCAAAUUCAGUGCAAAUGCUCAUGUAUUAUCUACCGGACUGUACUUGUGAUAUGCUUUUUUAAUUGUAAAACAUCAAAUCUGCUACAUGUACAUUGUCAUUGUGAAACCAUUUGCACUGGGAUAUUCUCUUACUCCAAUAUUUUUAGGGGUAGGAAAACAUGAUUGUAACUGAGGCAUAAAUAAAAUGUAAAAAUAAGAAUGUUCCUGACAUCCACUGAUGUGCUGUCUGUCUUAAUAUUUGAUAGCUCAGAAUGGCAAGAUAUCAAGACCGACAGUUCUUCUUUCUACAUGUUGUAUCAUUCUCACAGAUGUGACAAUCAAGUAUAAAUGUAAGAUGAGUGAUGUGUAAAUGAGGACUGACCACUGAGAUAACAGCAAUGUAUUACCGAAAUUCUAAAGAACAGUAAGCCAUCUGGAGUUGACACCUAUUUUGGUUCAAAAGGGGACUUGAAAUCCAAAAUGUACACAAAAAAUCGAAGACUCAGAAGAAUAGGUCAAUGUUCCUCUGAUUUGUUUUGCUCUGUGAUAUAAGUGAAUUCACGAGUUUUUUCACAAAAAAUGUUGCUUAACAAAAAAGUGUUUUGAAGAUGCAGAAAAAAGUAUACUUUGAAACAUCACAAGGCAAUCAGCACAAGAGGAGUUUUUGUGUGUGUCAUACUUGUGGUUGAGUUAAAAAAAAAAGUGAGAAGACACAUUUCCCCAAAGAGCUUUAAACUGGUCCAAGUGUACCUAUGGGUGUAAGAACAGGUGUAACUUUGCUCAAAUUGGGAACUGUGCCUAAGACCAAAUUGGUUCGACUUGUGGAGUUCCCCAGGGAUUAAUCCUGGGACCCCUAUAGUUCAGUCUAUGCAUGUUUACAUUAGACCAGCUGAUACGCAGCCAAAAUGUGUCUUACCACAACUAUGCAGAUGACAAUCAACCUGCUCACUCUAAAAGCACUCUAAAAGCUCUCUAAAAGCGCUGUGAGAGAGCUGCAAUACAUUUAGAAUGCUACUGCUCCAGUUUCGACUAGAAUCAGGAAAUACGAUCGUAUCAGUGCAUUGCUUAGGUCUCUGCGCUGGCUUCCUGUCACUCAGAAUAGACGUCAGCACAGCCCUGCUUAUG